UCUUUGCUUUCUUUCCUUUCCCAGUUCCCAUUUCCCAUUUCCCGUUUACCACUACAUAUGCUCUCUGUUCCUUCUCCCAUGGCUUCUGUCGCGCCUCAACCUUUUUCCUUCCUCUGAAAAAACCCAUUUCCAAGCUCCGACGACGGAGACGCGCCGCCGAUUAUGGUGGUCGGAGAGCCAGCCGGCGAUGGCCCCCGAGUGGUGGUGGUCGGGGUCAAAAUGGACCCCCACAGUAGGGAACUCCUCACUUGGGCGCUCGUCAAAGUGGCGCAGCCCGGCGAUUGCGUCAUUGCUCUUCAUGUCCUUGAUUCUUCCGCCGUUGCAGAGGGGAAAUCGACGUUGCUCUCUCUGGUCAAGUCGUUUGACUCUGUACUCUCCGCUUACGAAGGAUUCUGUCACCUCAAGCAGGUCGACUUGAAGCUCAAGGUCUGCCGAGGCUCGCCGGUCCGGAAAGUCAUUAGACGGGAAUUGGAUUCUUACGACGAGGCUUCACUGAUUCUCGGUACUUCUAAAUCCCACCAUAGAAUCCGUUCAUCGGCCUCGGUUGCUAAGUACUGCGCAAGAAAAUCGUCGAACAGAUUCAGUGUUUUAGCGGUUAAUAAUGGCAAAAUUAUUUUCCAGAGAUUAGCAACUUUCCCUAACAAAGACCAGUCUCGAGACAAGGAUGGGGGCAAGAAUUGUGCGGUCAUGGUCGACAACUAUUUGAGCCAGAUUGUAGAAGUAACUAAUGAAACAAAAGCUGUUGGGCUGGGUGAAAAUUUUGUCACGGGUCAUCAUUGUUUACAGAAAUCUGACUCUGGAUUCAAUGUGGAGCUGGACUGUGUUGAGGGUGCUCUGUCUUUGCUUGAACGMAAUGAUUCCGGGACUAAUUUGGUGGAAGAGUUGCCUGGUGACAUUGAUGUGGGGGAUUCAUUGGCUUUGGUACCAUUUCAAAGGCCUCCGGAAGUUACCAAGUCGAAUUCCAUGGURAGUCCAGACCCUUCGCAAUGGAAAUCGAGUUGGCCGCUUCUGCGUCGGAUAUUUUUGUCCAAGCAGCAAGCAGAGAAGCCUCCGAAGAAAUUUUCAAGGCUUCAUGGUGUUUUGCACAUAUCGAACUUCCAGUCGUCGGCCGUAGUUUAUCCAGAUCAGAAACAGAGCAGUUUUGAUCAGGAUCAGGCUUCSACCAUUGAUGGAGACAUUGGAGCAAUUGUGCCAUAUGGGUUCAACCACAUUUUGGAAAGCCUUCCAAAAGAGGUACUGGAUUUGAAGGAUAAAUACUCAUCCACUUGCAGAUUGUUUAAUUAUGAGGAACUUUCGUCGGCAACGUCUAAUUUUAUGCCUGAGAAUAUGGUUGGUAAAGGAGGCAGUAGCUAUGUUUAUCGAGGGCUUCUUCCCGAUGGGAAGGAAAUUGCUGUGAAAAUCUUGAAGCCAUCUGAGAAUGUGCUAAAGGAGUUUGUUCAGGAAGUUGGGAUCAUUGCAACUUCAAGUCAUAAGAAUAUUAUACCUUUAUUAGGUUUUUGUUUGGAGGCCAAUAAUUUACUCUUGGUCUAUGAUUUUCUUUCAAGAGGAAGUAUGGAAGAGAAUCUCCAUGGUUGUAAGAAGGAUGCAAAUUCAUUUGGUUGGCAAGAGAGGUUUAAGGUUGCUGUUGGUGUUGCUGAAGCAUUAGACUAUCUACAUAAUUGCAGGGAGGAGCCCGUGAUACACCGCGAUGUCAAAUCCUCUAACAUUCUUCUUUCGGAGAAUUUCGAACCGCAGCUUUCUGAUUUUGGGCUUGCGAGUUGGGCAUCCUCAUGCUUCCAUAUCACUUGUACUGACGUAGCUGGAACGUUCGGUUACUUGGCUCCUGAGUAUUUCAUGCACGGAAAAGUGAGUGAUAAAAUCGAUGUCUACGCAUUUGGUGUGGUACUUCUUGAACUACUUUCAGGUAGAAAGCCAAUCAGCAACGAUUGUCCCAAGGGGCAGGAGAGCCUUGUAAUGUGGGCAAAGCCAAUUUUGAGGGAUGGCAAAGUUUCGCAAUUGCUAGAUCCAAGCCUAGGCAGUGACUACAACCAUGAUCAAAUAGGCCGAAUGAUUUUGGCUGCUACCCUUUGUAUUAGACGAGCGCCAAGACUCCGCCCUCAAAUCAGUCUGGUAUUGAAACUCCUCCAAGGCGACGAGGAAAUAACAACAUGGGCAAGACAACAAAUCGAUGAAUCAGACGAACUCGACGCAAGYGACGGAGAACCUCUACCUACCAACAUCCAAUCACACCUCAACAUGGCCUUGCUUGGCUUGGAAGAUGACUCACUUUCUAUCAGCAGUGGAAUACAAAGCAUUUCCAUAGAGGAUUACUUGCAGGGGAGAUGCAGCCGCUCCUCAAGCUUUAACUAGUCAUUGCUCAACAUAGGAUUUUCAGCAAAAGUUUAGGUAUUAACACCUUCCACCCUCACUCGUAUAAGUAGCUACCGUGUCGAUGUGCCCCAAAAACAUUGUUUUUCCUCCUUUUUUUUUACUUUUUUUUUUGUUGGGUUUCUGAAACUGGGUCAUGGUAGAGAGGUUGUCCAGGGAAAGAGGUUUGCCCCUCCUUGACUUGGUUAUGAUGCCAUAUUCUGAAGGGCUUUGUUUUAUCUUUUUGUAUUGGUUGGAAAAUUGAAUAGUUGCUGUUCAUAGAAAAAUGUGGAUUUGAAUUAAAGGAGAUGGAUGUGAAAGGCAUUUGUAGAUAUCAACUUCUUGUUCCUUGAAAA